UUUGCAUGAGGGUGUGUGAGGUGAACAUGUGUCUGUGUGUCCUUUGACAGUUAAGGGACGCAAUACUUUAAAGUUAGAACCUGUUUGUCUGCUUUGAGACCAGUAUUCGUCCAACUGUCUGGCGCUCCUUUCCUCAGUCACAGCCUGCAGAUCAAACAGCAUGGGCUGAUAUCUCUGUGAUCAAACUCUGGGACAUAUCUUUCACAACACAGAGGCCCGGACAGCUUCGAAAAACAUCUGCCUGAUGGACCCUGAGGUUUAGUCAAAGAGGAUUUUUCAAUGCAACUGUGACAAAGACACCGUGAUCAUGCCGACACACCGCAGGGGGAGGAGCCUCUCUGAGGGUUUGACCCUGGAGCGAUCAGAGGAUGGUGGAGUGGUGAUAUCCAGCAUUAAUGACGGUGCCCGGUCCAAUCAGGGAAUAAUGGAAGGGGACGGACUGUUAGGAGCAACAAUCAAUUCUGAUCAACUAUCAAAGCCAUAUGAUGACAAGAUAAAAGUCCUCAAAAGGAACAAAAGCAGGAGCGUCGGAAAUCUGUUUGAGGGUACCAAGAGUCCCGAGACGAUACUGAAUGAUUCCUACUGCAAACUCUACAAUGCCAAAAUCAAGAAGUUUAUGAAAGAUGACUUUCCUAGUGCUGAUGAUGUUGGUGUGAAUGGGGAGCCGACUACCAUUCCAACUGUACAAAGCUCAUCCAAGGCCGACCUAAAGCAGGAUUCGGGGUUGCCUCGUCUUGGAGUCGACUUUGGACUUCUGAAAACCAAGAAAUUUAGCACAGAUAUUCAUGGGGAUUCUUAUUAUGGUGAUGCAGUAGAACUAUCAAAUGGUAGCAAUCUGAAUCUUCCACCAAUGGGUCUUGGUAUGAAUAGAACUUCUCCAGAAAUAGGUAAGGACUUACAAGGUUCAGGUGUUGAAAGCUCUGAACUAAGGCUCAAAACACCACAGGUAAAAGGAAGGAUUUCUGUACCUGAUUUACCAAAAGUUGACCUUAAAGGGCCAAAUUUAGUCUCUGACUCUUCAUCAGUUGGCAUCAAGAGCCCCUCUGGGAAAUACCAAGCUCCUAAGUUUUCAAUGCCCAAAUUUGAUUUACCAGACAUUCAAGUUCCAGAUUAUGCCUUUAAAACUCCAGACAUGGAUUUAUCUGGACAGAAGUUUAAAGGAGGUGUGCCAAACAUAAAUCUUAAAGCUCCAAAUUUAGACCUUCAUUCAUCAGGUGGUCUUGAUGUAGAUUUGCCAAAGCCAGAAUUUGACAAUGAUGCACCUUCCCUUGCUCUCAAAGGCCCAAAAUCAGAACUGAAAAUGCCAGAUCUAGAUGUUAAACAUCCAAAGAUGAAGAUGCCUAAAUUUGGUCUUCCAAGCUUCAAAGGACCUGAAAUUGAUGGGGAAUUAGAUGGCCCAAAGUUGGCUAUCAAUACACCCAAAGUCAAUCUCAAAGCUCCCAAAGGUGAUUUAGAAAUACCAGAUUAUGAUAUGUCUGGUCCAUCAGGAAAAUUCAAAAAGCCAAACUUGAACCUGCCUGAUUUUGGACUUUCUGGACCAAAAUUAGAUGGCCCGAACUUGAACCUCAAAUCACCUAACCUAGAUCUCUCUAGUCCAAAUCUCAGUGGUGGACUAAAUGCACCAGACAUAAAUAUGCCCAGGAUUGAUCUCAAAAGCCCUAAACUGGAUCUAAACACUCCAAAGCUAAACUUGGACAUGCCAUCAGGUAAACUGAAAAUGCCAGAGCUAAAUGCUCCAGACUGGGAUGUUAACGCUCCCUCAGGGAAAUUGAAAAUGCCUAAAUUCAAUCUUACGGGUACAUUACCAAAAGGACCAAACUUAGACCUCAAUGCAGAUCUAAAGUCACCAGAUUUUGGUUUAAAAGCUCCAAAUAUUGAGGGGGGACUUAAUGCCCCCGAUGUGAACCUACCAAACAUGGACUUGAAGGCUCCAAAAUUUGACAUGAAUACUCCAGAUAUCAACAUUGGUUCACCCAAAGGGAAAUUUAAAAUGCCCAAAUUCAAGAAGCCAAAAUUUGGUUUUCCGAGCCUGAAAGGACCUGACAUUGAUGGUCCUAAAGGUGAUUUAGAAAUGCCAGAUUUUGAUAUUGCUGGUCCAUCAGGAAAAUUCAAAAAGCCAAACUUGAACCUGCCUGAUUUUGGCCUUUCUGGACCAAAGUUAGAUGGCCCGAAUUUGAACCUCAAAUCACCUAACCUAGAUCUCUCUGGUCCAAAUCUCAGUGGUGGAAUAAAUGCACCAGACAUAAACAUGCCCACGGUUGAUCUCAAAAGCCCUAAAAUGGAUCUAAAUACUCCAAAGCUCAACUUGGACAUGCCAUCAGGUAAACUGAAAAUGCCAGAGCUAAAUGCUCCAGACUGGGAUGUAAACGCUCCAUCAGGCAAAUUGAAAAUGCCUAAAUUCAAUCUUACAGGUUCAUUACCAAAAGGACCAAAUUUGGACCUCAAUGCAGAUCUAAAGUCACCAGAUUUGAGUUUAAAAGCUCCAAAGAUUAAGGGUGGACUUAAUGCCCCUGAUGUGAACCUACCAAACAUGGACCUUAAUGCUCCAAAAUUUGACAUGAAUACUCCAGAUGUCAACAUUGGUUCACCCAAAGGGAAAUUUAAAAUGCCCAAAUUCAAGAAGCCAAAAUUUGGUUUUCCGAGCCUGAAAGGACCUGAGAUUGAUGGGGACUUAGAUGUUCCAGUGGUUGAUGUAAAUGCUCCCAAAGUCAAUCUCAAAGGUCCUAAAGGUGAUUUAGAAAUGCCAGAUUUUGAUAUUGCUGGUCCAUCAGGAAAAUUCAAAAAGCCAAACUUGAACCUGCCCGAUUUUGGCCUUUCUGGACCAAAAUUAGAUGGCCCAAACUUGAACCUCAAAUCACCUAACUUAGAUCUCUCUGGUCCAAAUCUCAGUGGUGGAAUAAAUGCACCAGACAUAAACAUGCCCAAGAUUGAUCUUAAAAGCCCUAAACUGGAUCUAAACACUCCAAAGCUAAACUUGGACAUGCCAUCAGGUAAACUGAAAAUGCCAGAGCUAAAUGCUCCAGACUGGGAUGUAAACGCUCCAUCAGGCAAAUUGAAAAUGCCUAAAUUCAAUCUUACAGGUUCAUUACCAAAAGGACCAAAUUUGGACCUCAAUGCAGAUCUAAAGUCACCAGAUUUUAAUUUAAAAGCUCCAAAUAUUGAGGGGGGACUUAAUGCCCCCGAUGUGAACCUACCAAACAUGGACCUUAAUGCUCCAAAAUUUGAUAUGAAUACUCCAGAUAUCAACAUUGGUUCACCCAAAGGGAAAUUUAAAAUGCCCAAAUUCAAGAAGCCAAAAUUUGGUUUUCCGAGCCUGAAAGGGCCUGAGAUUGAUGGGGACUUAGAUGUUCCAGCGGUUGAUGUAAAUGCUCCCAAAGUCAAUCUCAAAGGUCCUAAAGGUGAUUUAGAAAUGCCAGAUUUUGAUAUUGCUGGUCCAUCAGGAAAAUUCAAAAAGCCAAACUUGAACCUGCCUGAUUUUGGCCUUUCUGGACCAAAGUUAGAUGGCCCGAAUUUGAACCUCAAAUCACCUAACCUAGAUCUCUCUGGUCCAAAUCUCAGUGGUGGACUAAAUGCACCAGACAUAAAUAUGCCCAAGAUUGAUCUCAAAAGCCCUAAACUGGAUCUAAACACUCCAAAGCUAAACUUGGACAUGCCAUCAGGUAAACUGAAAAUGCCAGAGCUAAAUGCUCCAGACUGGGAUGUUAACGCUCCCUCAGGGAAAUUGAAAAUGCCUAAAUUCAAUCUUAUGGGUACAUUACCAAAAGGACCAAACUUAGACCUCAAUGCAGAUCUAAAGUCACCCGAUUUUGGUUUAAAAGCUCCAAAUAUUGAGGGGGGACUUAAUGCCCCCGAUGUGAACCUACCAAACAUGGACUUGAAGGCUCCAAAGUUUGACAUGAAUACUCCAGAUGUCAACAUUGGUUCACCCAAAGGGAAAUUUAAAAUGCCCAAAUUCAAGAAGCCAAAAUUUGGUUUUCCGAGCCUGAAAGGACCUAAGAUUGAUGGGGACUUAGAUGUUCCAGUGGUUGAUGUAAAUGCUCCCAAAGUCAAUCUCAAAGGUCCUAAAGGUGAUUUAGAAAUGCCAGAUUUUGAUAUUGCUGGUCCAUCAGGAAAAUUCAAAAAGCCAAACUUGAACCUGCCCGAUUUUGGCCUUUCUGGACCAAAAUUAGAUGGCCCAAACUUGAACCUCAAAUCACCUAACCUAGGUCUCUCUGGUCCAAAUCUCAGUGGCGGAAUAAAUGCACCAGACAUAAAUAUGCCCAAGGUUGAUCUCAAAAGCCCUAAACUGGAUCUAAACACUCCAAAGCUAAACUUGGACAUGCCAUCAGGUAAACUGAAAAUGCCAGAGCUAAAUGCUCCAGACUGGGAUGUUAACGCUCCCUCUGGGAAAUUGAAAAUGCCUAAAUUCAAUCUUACAGGUUCAUUACCAAAAGGACCAAACUUGGACCUUAAUGCAGAUCUAAAGUCACCCGAUUUUGGUUUAAAAGCUCCAAAUAUUGAGGGGGGACUUAAUGCCCCCGAUGUGAACCUACCAAAUAUGGACUUGAAGGCCCCAAAAUUUGACAUGAAUACUCCAGAUGUCAACAUUGGUUCACCCAAAGGGAAAUUUAAAAUGCCCAAAUUCAAGAAGCCAAAAUUUGGUUUUCCGAGCCUGAAAGGACCUGACAUUGAUGGUCCUAAAGGUGAUUUAGAAAUGCCAGAUUUUGAUAUUGCUGGUCCAUCAGGAAAAUUCAAAAAGCCAAACUUGAACCUGCCUGAUUUUGGCCUUUCUGGACCAAAGUUAGAUGGCCCGAACUUGAACCUCAAAUCACCUAACCUAGAUCUCUCUGGACCAAAUCUCAGUGGUGGAAUAAAUGCACCAGACAUAAAUAUGCCCAAGCUGGAUCUCAAAAGCCCUAAACUGGAUCUAAACACUCCAAAGCUAAACUUGGACAUGCCAUCAGGUAAACUGAAAAUGCCAAAACUAAAUGCAGAUCUAACAUCACCAGAUUUGAGUCUCAAAGCCCCAAAGAUUAAGGGUGGGCUUGAUGCCCCUGACUUGAACUUGCCACACGUGGAUCUCAAAGUUCCAAAGUUAGACAUGAAUACUCCAGAUCUUAACAUUGGUUCACCAAAUUCUAAGAUAAAAAUGCCCAAAUUAAAAAUGCCUAAAGUUAAUCUACCAAACCUUAAAGGACCUGGUGGAGAUUUUGAUGGCCCAGAUAUGGACAUCAAUGCACCUAACAUCAACCUCAAAGGAUCCAAGCCUAGGUUUGAAGUCCCAGAUGUUGAUUUCGGAAGCCCAUCGGCCACACUUAAAAAGCCACAUUUGAAAAUGCCUGAUGUGGGGUUUUCUGGUCCGAAGUUAGAUAACCCCAAUUUUCACGUCAAAUCACCAGCUCUUAAUGCCAAAUUACCGAAAGGACCAAAUUUGGAUUUUAAAUCAGACCUGAAAACUCCAGAUUUGAAUCUCAAAACCCCAAAGUUUAAAGGGGGAAUGAAUGCACCCAAGUUAGACUUACCAAACAUGGAUCUUAAAGCUCCAAAGUUAGAUAUGAGCACGCCAGAAGUCACCUUGGGUCUUCCUGAUUCAAAGUUCAAAAAGCCUAAAAUCAAGAUGCCAAAAGGCCCCAACAUUGACAUAAAUGGUGACCUUGAGGUGCCCGACCUGAAUAUGCCGAAGGUCAAUCUUAACAGUCCAAGAGGAAAAGUAAAAAUGCCAAGUUUAAAUGUGCCAGACCUCAAUUUAUCUGGGCCUAAUGCAGGAAUACCAGAUAUGAAUCUUUCAGGGUCUAGAGUAAAGGGUCCUGGUAUAAAUGUGCCAGAUUUAGAUAUGCCUGAGGCAAGGUUUAAAGGUCCCAAACUAGGCCAACCAGACAUGAAUUUUGGUGCCCCUCAAGUCAGAGGAGGAAUAAGAGGCCCAGACUUUGGUAGGGGGUCUGCUAUUGACUUUGAUGCUGCACUGAGAUCUAAAAAUCUGGAUAUUACUCCUCCAAAUACAAAACUGAACAUGAAACCCAGACAGCUGCAAGGAAAGGUUAGUUCUCCUAACAUGGACCUCAACAUGCCUAUGCGAAAUCCACAAAUGCAUCUCAGAUCACCAAAUUUUAACAUUGAUGAUUCCUCACGAAAUUUCAGAAGAUCUUUGUAUGAGAAUCGCAGAUCACAUAUCCCAGGGGUAAACAUGAAAAUACCUGACCUGGAUGUUGAUGGAGAUGCCAGAUUUGGGUACAGUGAUACAAGGUCACCAAGGGCAAAGGCAGGGUCCAGCUACCCCAUGGUGCAUCCUCAUUUAGGCACCCAUAUUGAUUUCAACCGUUCAGAUCUCAAUAUUGAUGAUUUUACAGGAAAAGAUCAUGUGCUUAGGGCUAGAGGUUCAACACUAAACCACCAGGGAUCACAUAACCGUGGGCAGGUCAUGUCACCACCAGGUGUCAAUGUUGGCAUGAGGGACCCCAGACAUACCAGAAGAAUUCCCUCUGGUGAUUUUGACAUGUAUGCAAAACCUCAGAGAGCAAUGCAGUCAAUGCCUCGCCAACAUAUGCCUCAAUUUACUCAUGACUCAAGAAUAAGGGUACCUGACAGUUCAGAUGGAUACUAUGUCACAGUUUUUCCAAACCAAUCACAAAAUCCAAGGAUGCAGAACCGCAACACUUUUGGGGGGCGUGACUUUUAUCCAAGAAACUUUGAUCUUGAAGUUCCAGCGGGAAAUAACCAAAAAGGAUCAACGUUCUUUUUCUCAAACCUCAUGUAGGUUUCAAGCUAUUGAUGUUUAAAUAUUCAGGUUUAUUUAUUACAACUUACCUGUUACAUGUUCUUGCAUGAUUCAUGCUUGUGUUUUUUGAAUCCGUCAUUUGCUGACACUGUUUUUUGUAACUAAAGCCAAUCCUGCCAUCCCUUAAAUAUUCUUACCUAGAAUAUAAAUCAGCAUUCUUGCCCUUGUUUAUAUAUGUAAAUUCACACAUUUUGUUUUUUUGUAUUGUAUUGUCUGGUAUUAUCCACACAGUACUUGUUUGAAAAGUAUUAAAACAUUUAAGUUGUGUUAUAGCACCAAAAACUUCCCAAAUCCCUUAAUUUCCUGUCAAGUUUACUAAAUAAGGAAAAUCCCUGUAGGGAAUAAAGUUGAGGAUUUUAGGGAACCUGACAAGAUCAAAGCAUGCAUUUUGUUUAGUUAUAUUUUAUUAAGUGGUUGUUAUAAUAUCCCCAGUUGUACAUAUGUUGAUAUUGUACUGCAUGUCUAUACUUGCUUUCUUGCUUUGACAUAUUUGCAGUCUGAAGUACAUGAUAAAUGAUGUAAAAUUAAUUCAUAAACUAAAGUAUAUCAACUGACCAAGACCGUUUUAAGAGGGGGCCAGUAGGCUUUAUAAAUUGGUUGAAAUGAACACACCAUGUAUAAUUGUGUUAUUAUGUUGUAUGAAAAAAGAAACGUACAAAUAUAUCCAGUUAUUGCUUUCUAAAUAUUUUUGUGCCACUUAUAAGAAAAGGUACAAGCUGUUACAUCAUGUGCAAAUCCAAAAUAGUUAACUCAGAGAAUAAAAAAAAAUGAUAUUAAUUAUACAAAUAAAGUUGAUUCAUAAUGCUU